UCCCAAACAAGACUUCAGCACUUGCCAGAAAACUUUCAGAGCAAGAAACUUCAGCCAUGGCCGAGAGACGCAUCCCCUUCACCUUCAUGCACGGCCAAUCCUGGGAUCCUUUCCGUGACUGGUCCCAGGGCAGCCGGCUCUUCGAUCAGACCUUUGGGAUGCCACACUUCUCCGAGGAGAUGCCCACAUUUCCCAGCACACACUGGCCUGGAUACUUUCGGCCCUAUGGAUUUCCAGAGAUGGCCUCUUUAAUGCAGAGCCCAGUGGCUCAGAUGCCCAUGUCGCCGCCCGCCUCCAUGAUGCACCCCCCGACCUACAGCCGGGCUCUUUCCCGACAGAUGAGCUCGGGAAUGUCUGAGAUCAAGCAGACGCCAGAUUCCUGGAAGAUCAGCCUGGAUGUCAAUCACUUCGCCCCAGAGGAGCUGAUGGUGAAGACCAAAGAUGGGGUGGUGGAGAUCACCGGCAAACAUGAGGAGCGGAAGGAUGAACAUGGCUUUGUGUCCAGAUGUUUCACCAGGAAAUACACUCUGCCCUCUGGUGUCGACUCUGAGAAGAUCACCUCGUCUCUGUCUCCUGAGGGGGUCCUGACCAUUGAAGCCACUCUGCCCAAACCUGCCAUCCAGGGCCCUGAAGUCAACAUCCCUAUCAACACAGGCAGCGCAGUGACUGCCAGCAGUACAAAGAAACCCUGAGCGCUACAACACACACACACACACACACACACACACACACACACAGGCAGAUCACUGUGCUACUUUGAGUUUGUUUUCUUCAGCAUGAAUGCAAAUGUUGAUACUUCUAUUCUUUGUAAACAGCAGGUAGGAGAAGAGGAAUUGCCUUAUUCUAUAACCAUCUCAUUUUUUACAUCACUCUUUUUCAUCAUUGUCUCUUUUCUUUUAUCAUCGUCUUCUCUUCUUCUUGUAGUAAAAACAUAGACUGUGUAGUACACACCAUGCUCUAUAAAACAUGCUCAUAUUAUACCCCUUAAUAAAUAAAGAGAAAAAGAUUAAAUAUAAAAUUAUAUUUUGAAUAUGUGCAAUAUAUAUAGUGCAUUGCAACAUUAUUUUCAAGACAGUUAAUCAUUUUACCCCAUUAUUGAAAUAUGUAGUAUUUACAUAUUAAGAACAUAAUAAAUUAUAAUUGUGCAUAUAUCCUGGGAGCAUUUGUUUAUAUACAUUUUUUUUAAAUACUGUCUGGAGUGAUUGAUUUUAUUCAAUGUGACUACUACAAGACGUGAACAUAAUAAAAUAAUGUAAAAAUACAAGUGUUCCUAAAAUGUGGAAUGAAUUAUGACAAUGACAUUUCUUUAGGAGGUUCCCAAAACAGUAGUUUUACCAUUUACUGGUAAAAUUAUGUUUUUUUGUAUAAUAUUUAUUCAUCAAAAUGUAAUACAUUGCUCUGCCUGAAUUUUUUUUUUCUGCUAUUGUAUGUCACCUUGUUCAUGUUUGCUGUUAGUGAACGUUGACAAUACUGUAGUAUUUUAGCCAUUGUUUUAGGCUACAAUAUUGUAGCUUUUUUAAUUCCAUUCAUAUAUGAAGCUGAAGAAACUGAAAAGGAAGGAUAGCCUGUUUCCUUUUGAAAUGAGAAAAAUUAUAUUCUUGACUUUAUCAUUCAAAUAGAUUCCACCAGACAUCGCCAUGCUGUUUAACUGCAGGAAGCACCACAACAUGGUUUCCUCACAUCAGUCAUCUCAGCCAGAAGAACAGCAGGGAAUGUCUUCAGAUUGGUAUCUUUGGGUUUUGUGAGGCAUUGCAUACUGUUUUAAAUGACUGUAAUUAAAGCUUUCACAAUCGUGAGCUGUAUUUCUGAAUAUCCCCAUGGUGGAGUUGGGAAUAAACAUCUUCAGGCAGUCUGAA